GUCACGUGACACUGGGAUGUCGGACGCCGAGGCGUCAGUGAACGCCUCAUUGGGCAGAGGCAGGACAGCGGGACAGUUGGGGGGAAGAAGAGGACUUAACUCACUGGACUCACAUUCACUCAUUUUCACACUCUCAGCGGCAGGAGCCACAAUGGCCAGCUUAGGUGGCUCCCCAGAAAUGGGGAUGCAGAAGAGUUACGUUGAUCCACACAACACCAGAGGCGGCCAUGACAGCUUAUUUGGAGUUCGGGUGCAGAUACAAGGGAUUCAAGGUCAACCCUUUGUAGUUCUGAACAGUUCUAGCGAAGAAAGCCACAGAGACGUAUCGGUCAUCACCCACCAGACUGGAUACAAGCCGGGCAUGGUGAGGCGGUCCAUGGAUGAGACAAGCUUCUCGUCAGAUUUUCAUUACCAGAAACAUCCGGAGAUCCUCAGACCGUAUGACCCCAGAAGCAACAACCUCAACCAUCUCAACCCGUCGCAAACCUUUAAUGGAAAAACAGUGGACCGGCCCAAGGCCCGGAUUCCGCUUCCAGCGGAGGGUCCGACAGAUGACCAGAACACGCCUCCUUCGGACGGACGCCUUCCCGCAAGGUCGCCAAACUCCGUAGACUCUGAGCCCUUUGCGUCCGUAGGCAAGCUAAUCAACCAGUUCAACAGCAGCCAGCGUCGAGGAAGGGGCGGCCCCAGAAAUCGUCUGGACCCAGAGGAAACGCGGCGGUCACGUAGCGUGGAUAGCGGCCGAGCUUCCGACUCGUCUUCCUCUUCAUCCAGCGGGGCGUCGUCUCUGAAGGGGGUCAGCAGCGGCGUGACCUCCGGCGGGGUGUAUCCUCCGGGGUCAGCCAGAGCUCGACUACUGGGCGGAGAAGCCAACAAAAGAGACAAGAACAAACCCAGCAUGCCGCUUAAAGCUCAUAAUGAGAUGAACACUGCAGCAAAAGUACUAAAAACAGAUGGAGCUGACGAAAGAGACGCUCAGGUCACUCCUGAUCUUCUGAAAGGACAGCAGGUGUCAGUCGACCCGAAUGAAGACGCUGCGAAACAAAUGCUCUUCACCUACCUCAAGGAAGGGACGACUGACGAAGUGUCCGUCACCAGGAGGAAAGUCAACCUGCUGCUUGAACGGAUCAACAGACUGAAGUGGAAAACGGCCGAGAAUGUGGAGGGGGAGGCCAAAGAUCAGACAGUAGAGGUGAAGCAGCUGCUGGAGAAACGAGAAGCCUUGGAGUCACAAGUGUGCGACCUGAAGCAAAAACUGGAAACCGAGCUAAAGAAUGAAAAAACACUUGCCAAAGCCUGUGAGAAGGCCCGGGUGGAGAAGAAGAAGCUACAGGAAGAGUUGGCCAAGAGUCAGGCUGAGCUCUCGGACCUCAGGAACAAACUGACGGAAAUUGAGGCACAACUUAAGUCUACCAAAGACGAGAUGACUCAGAUGAUUGCAGACCGGGAACGUUCUAAGCUCCAGAUGAAGGACCUCCAGCAUCAGCUCUCUGAGAUGCACGAUGAAUUGGACCAAUCCAAGAAGGAAGACAUGAUCAAUGUGGAGAAAGAAGUCCUUCUGAAAGAUCUGGCCCAGCUGCGUGCAGACUUUCAGGAGAUGCUGCUGGUGAAGGAGGAGCAUGAGGAGCUUCUACAACAGCAGGAGGGGGAGCUCAGAGAUCUGAAAGGGGCCAUCAAAGAUGAAGUGGAGACUCAUGAUAAAUACAUUGCUGCGCUGAAAGAAGAAUAUGAACUAGAGCUUCAACAUCUCCUCAGAGAUUUGGAGAAGUCUAAUGAGAGCCACGGCGUGCUGGGUCGAGAAAAGAUGGAAGCGUUGGAGGAGGGCGGCGCUGCCAAGGAGAAGGUAGAAGAGCUGAGUCAGCAAAAAGACCAACUCAAGGGACGAGUGCAGGAGCUGAGCAGCAAGGUGGAUCAACUGAGCCUAGCCGUUAAGGAGUUGAGAGCGUCGGAGAGACUGCAGGAGCAACGAGCGAAGCAGCUAGAGAGGGAAAAGCAGCAGUUGGAGGAAACACUGCAGGAUGUGAGGAGGAAUGAAGAGGAAAUGUGUCAGUCCAACCGCUCGCUGCUGACUCGCCUGGAGGAAGUGCAAAGCAAGCUGACCAAACUCAACCACGAGCACAGGGACAUGAAAGAGAAGCUCAGGGAGGAGCGCAAACAAACUGAAGAGUUGUGGAAGAGCAAAAGUGAGCUGGAGGAUGAGAGAAGGCUGCAGGACAGGACUGUGGAACAACUUCAGAGGAAGAUGAAUAGUAUCAUGGAGAACUGCGAGGCCUCCACAGAUGUUCUUCAGAGCCAAGUUGACGAGGCCAAAGAGAGGAGUCAGAGGGAGUUGGCCGACCUGCGCAGACAGCUGCAGGAAAAGGGAGCUGAACUGGAGAAAUCCCGACUGACGGCCAAAAAACUUCAGGAUGAGUUGCUUCCUCUGGAGGAGGAUCUGCGGAGGUGUUACAGGGAGCAGCAAGAGGCCCAGUCCAGGGCCCGGCAGCUGGAACAAAAAGUGGACGAACUGGAGGAGAGGAACGCCACCACGGAGGAGGAGCGCGAGCGGCAUGUCAAACUUCUAGAGGGCCGCAUUGGUCAGCUAGAGGAAGACGUUAACGAUGAGCGCAGCACGGCUGACCGCCUGAUGGAGCGAUUAGACAAAACCAAAGAGCAGGUGGAUCAAAUGAGGAGUGAGUUGAUGCAGGAAAGAGCAGUCAGGCAAGACCUGGAGUGUGACAACACGAGUCUGGAAAGACAGGUUAAAGACCUAAAGAGUAGAGUGGCUCAUUUAGAAGGAUCACAAAGGACCAACCAGGAUUCUGUCAUUUCCAAACUCAACAGCCGCAUUCAAGAACUUGAGGAGCGGUUGCAAGGGGAGGAAAGGGACAACAACAACUUGCAGCAAGCCAACCGCAAGCUGGAGCGCAAGGUGAAGGAGAUGAAGAUGCAGGCCGACGAGGAUCACGCCAACCUGCAGACGCACAGGGACCAGUUGACUCAGAGGCUGAAGACGGCCAAGAGGCAGAUGGACGAGGCUGAGGAAGAGAUCGAGCGCCUGGAGCACGCCAAGAAGAAGCUGCAGAGAGAACUGGAGGAGCAGCUCGAGACCAACGAGCAGCUUCACGGCCAAAUUGACACCAUGAGAAAAGACAUGAGACGCAAACGGAAAUCGCCUCAUAUUAUUAAAGUGACGGAGGAAGGUGACGGCCUGGAUGACACUGCUUCUGAUUAACUGGAUAAAUAACUCGCUCCUUUGGACUCAUUUAGGAUUUCUUUUCAGUAAUUUCAGUAACAACUCCUGUUACCCUGGCAUUGUGAUAACACUGACCUCUAGUGGCGAUAUUUCUAACUACAUGAUGUGGCGAACAAAGCUCCAGUGCACAUAAUGUGGAUUAUUGAGACAGCCCAACAUUCCAUUUACUUUCACUGGGGUUGUCAAACUUGGAACAAACUUAACCCCAUCAGAGACAUGA